AUGGCGAGGAGACGCAAUUCUGCCCCGGUGCCGAGGUCCAGAGCACUGAGGGGAGCCCACGGCCGGCAGAACCCUGGCUUUACGGACACUCUUGUCGCUUACAGGAUCCUCCCGCUGGCGAAGCCGCCCAUGGACUGUAGGCACUUAGCUGAGAGCAGCAAGGAGACUUCCAGCCCCAGCUUGGAGCCCGAGGCCCCGCCGCCCUCCGCGGGGCAGCGAGCCGGGGCGGCCCCCGGGCGACCCGCGGCUGCCAACGCGGCGCGGGAGCGCAGCCGGGUGCAGACCCUGCGCCAGGCCUUCCUGGAGCUGCAGAAGACGCUGCCCUCCGUGCCGCCCGACACCAAGCUCUCCAAGCUGGACGUGCUCCUCCUGGCCACCACCUACAUCGCGCACCUCACGCGCAGCCUGCAGGAUGAGGAGGAGGCGCCAGGAGAGGGCUUGGGGGCCCUGCGAGGGGACGGGUACCUCCACCCGGUCAAGAAAUGGCCAAUGCGUUCCAGGUUGUACAUUGGAGCUACGGGACAGUUUUUGAAUCACUCAGCACAAGGAGAAAGUGCAAACCAAGGAGAAACUUCAACAAAUUCACGAAACUAA